AUGUACACAAAACAAAAACAUAAACUUGAAAGAAGAAAUGCAUUCAAAAAUGUUGAUUAUGAUGCUUCUGUAUCAUCAUCAUCUUCAUCAUCAUUAUCAUCUUCAUCAUUGUUUGAUAUUCAAUCAGCCCAUCAGUCUGUUGAUAUUUUAUCAUUAUCAGAUACAAUGAGUUACAGGAUUAAUGAUGGAAAUGAUGGCGAAGUUGAGUUCAUUUGCCGAUCACUCGGGUUUUGUGGACCCGAAGAUUUAGCUAUAUCAGCUGCUGACUGGGAAGCACAUAAAACAUGUUCACCUAGUUCAUUGUUUAGUAAAGAAUCUCUUGUUAAUGAUUUUGAAAGUAUUAAUGAUAAUGUCAGCAUAGUAAAAAGUAAUAGUGAGAUCGAUAGUUUGUUAAAAGAUGGUUGUUUAGAGGGUAAGAGUAGAAUUAAGGGGGAUCGACCGCCUUUACUUGCUAGGCCUAGUCGGGUUAUGCCACAAAUGAAUGUGGAUGAAUUGAGGGGUUUGAGUUGGGAUUUGAGACGGGGUUUUGAUCCGGUGAUUAGUAAAAAUGCAGUUGAGAUUGUCGUGAAACAUGAUGAUGAUGAUGAAGAGGAGGAGGAGAAUGUUGGAUGUAUUGAAAACAAGGGAAUUGAGUGUUUUGUUUCGCCUAAUGGGACAGUUAGGUGUAGUCUUAGAAACUGGCAGAAGGGUGAUUUUCUUGGAAGUGGUUCGUUUGGUACUGUUUAUGAAGGCUUUAAUGAACAUGGGUUCUUCUUUGCCGUGAAAGAGGUUUCUUUGCUUGAUCAAGGAACCCAAGGAAAGCAGAGCAUUUCUCAACUUCAACAGGAGAUAUUUCUAUUAAGUCAGUUUCAACAUGAUAACAUAGUUCGGUAUCUUGGGACAGAUAAGGAUGAUGGCAAACUAUACAUCUUCCUUGAGCUUGUACCAAAAGGUUCACUUGCAAAUCUCUAUCAUAUGUAUCACUUAAGGGAUUCCCAGGUUUCUACAUACACCAGGCAGAUUUUGAGCGGUUUGACUUACUUACAUGAGCGAAAUGUGGUACAUAGGGAUAUCAAAUGCGCUAACAUAUUAGUCGACGUGAGUGGGUCUGUGAAGCUUGCAGAUUUUGGACUGGCAAAGGCAAGUAAAUUGAAUGACAUCAACUCGUGCAAGGGGACUCCAUAUUGGAUGGCACCAGAGGUUGUUAAUAACUGGAAGAACAAGGGCUAUGGACCUGCAGCUGAUAUAUGGAGCCUUGGUUGCACUGUGUUAGAGAUGCUAACACGUCGAGUUCCAUACUCCCACUUGGAAGGGAUGCAAGCAUUAUUCAGAAUUGGCAGGGGUGAACGUCCAAUGAUUCCUGAAACAUUGUCUGCAGAGGCCCGGGAUUUCAUAUUUAAGUGCUUACAAGUUAACCCAAAUGAUCGGCCUACUGCUGCCAAAUUAUUGAAGCACCCGUUUGUGAAGACACCGGUCUGCAUGAACCUAAGCCCUGUUUCUCCACUGUGUAGUGGCAGACGCCCUUAGUGAUUUCCAUUAAGCCCUAAACAAUGGUAUUAAGGUAACUCAUUUUGUUCUAACAUUUUUGGCUUAUCAUUUUUGGUUCAACUCUUUCUCAUUGUAUUCUUGUAAGUGCUGUAGUCAGUAGUGCUCAGAAAUAAGACUUGUGACGGCAACUAACUGUAAAUAGCUUCAUUUUUUAGAGUGAUGUAAGUUGGCCAAAGGUAAACAAGAAACAUACCCUUGAUAGCAUGUUGUUGUUUUUUUGGUAUUGUGUCGUUGUACAUGAGCUACAUUAUUUGAUAUGUAAAGAGUUUUAAUCC